ACAGUGUUAAAGAUUUCUUAUGAAAUUCAGGGGAAAAUUAUAAGGAUACAUUACUGGAGACUUUGUAUUUGACUUUCUAUCACGUGCGAUUACAUAAGGAAUAAUCGUUGGCCUUGCAAUGAUGCGUAAAACAUUUGAGACCGAGGCGGUUGUGUAAUUUUAAAAGUUGGGCUGCAGCCAUUCACUGACAGAGACCCCGAAGGGCGAACGCAGUGCAGGCGGGGUGUGAACGCCGCCAUCCGUCGGAGGGAGGACACUUCAGCGUGCAUCCAACCAAUUGAACGCUUAUGUUAAUCUUAACCGGUUUAAAGCCGGUUGAAAGCGCAACAAAAGCGUUUCUGAUGUAGCCCGCUGGGUCUGGGACCGGCUUCCGUGCGCUUAUAGAUCGUGCAUAUUGCGGUUUCCUUUGCUGAUACCGGAGUGCGUCUGCAAAGGCUCAGCGCUGCAGCAUUCAGUUUUCUACUGAGGAAAGGGAAGUUUUGCGCGGUGCCUCGCAAUGUCCUCCGAUGAUGCGCCGGAGCGCAGCCGGCGUUUCUGCGUCCUGUCCUGGGAGCAGGUGCAGCGCCUGGACUCCAUCCUCAGGGAGAGCGUUCCCAUCCACGGCCGGGGCAACUUCCCCACGUUGUCUGUCCAGCCUCAGCACAUCGUUCAGGUUGUUCGGGCACGGCUGGAGGAGAAGGGCUUGGUGGUCCAGGACGUGAAGCUGAAUGGCUCUGCAGCAAGCCAUGUUCUGCAUUGGGACACGGGCUUGGGCUACAAGGACUUGGACCUGAUCUUUGGCUUGAGGCUGGCAGAUGACCAGGCCUUCCGUCUGGUGAUGGAUGUGGUACUGGACUGCUUGCUGGACUUCCUGCCAGCCGGGGUCAACAAGGGACGCCUCACACCCCUGACUCUGAAGGAGGCCUACGUGCAGAAGCUGGUGAAGGUCUGCAACGACACGGACCGCUGGAGCCUCAUCUCGCUCUCCAACAACACGGGUAAGAAUGUGGAGCUGAAGUUCGUGGACUCGCUGCGGCGGCAGUUCGAGUUCAGUGUGGACUCCUUCCAGAUUGCACUGGACUCGCUGCUGCUGUUUAGCUGCUGCUCUGAGACGCCAAUGUCUGAGAGCUUCCACCCCACCGUGCUGGGCGAGAGUGUCUACGGUGACUUCCUGGAGGCGUUGGGCCACCUGCACAACAGGACCAUCGCCACGCGCAGCCCCGAGGAGAUCCGGGGUGGUGGCCUGCUGAAAUACUGCCACCUGCUGGUGAGGGGCUUCCGGGCGGCCUCCGAGGCGGAGAUGAAGUCACUGCAGCGCUACAUGUGCUCGCGCUUCUUCAUCGACUUCCCUGACAUCAGUGAACAGCGACACAAGCUGGAGGCCUACCUGCAGAGCCACUUUGCCGGUGUGGAGCACCAGCGCUAUGCGUACCUGGGCACACUGAGGCGUGUGGUAGACGAGAGCACUGUCUGCCUGAUGGGCCACGAGCGACGACAGACACUGCGCUUGAUCUCAGCGCUGGCGCUGCGCAUGCUGGCUGAGCAGCACGCCAUCCCUGCCUGUGCCAAUGUCACCUGCUACUACCAGCCUGCACCCUACGUGCAUGACGUCAACUUUAGCAAUUAUUAUGUUGCAGUGGUGCGGCCCCUAGUGGCCAUGGGCAGGAACUGCUCUCGGAUCUGGCUGCCUUGCAACUGAGCCUGUGUGGCUGAGGGUAGCAUACAGUGUGACUCCAUAAAUAAAGGGGAUUGACUGUUUCUCUUUUCUCAGAUAUUUUCCUUUCUCCUCUCAAUGUAACCUUACAAAACUUCAACUCUCCUCUUUUGAGCUACUCACAUUCACACGUAGAUUUUCGCUGAUAGUUUGACUUUUUGUAUGUAGCAAGAUGCCGAGGAAGGAGUUGAAGCACUUUUCUUUUUUUACAGUUUUUUUACAGUGGACCAAAGAAGUUUUGUCUAAAAUUGUUUGAGAUAAACAGAGCUAUACAGUCAUGUGACAUUCCUGUAAAGUGGCCCUGUAACAGAUCUGGGUAAUUGUACAUCUGCUUACAGGCAUGGGGCUAUUCAUUCUUAAGUGAUUCAUUAAAAAAAAAAAAAAAAAAACAUAUUGGUGCUCUUGCUGGUCCCCGGUCCCUGCUCUGCCUGGAAUCUGAACCCCUGCGAAGUGUGCUCAUGUUUUGUAUCCUUGUAGAACCUGUGAAGAUCAAGUGCAAGUGGGCUUGGCCAUGUGGCCUAGAGCCAGCGGAGACUGAGGCAGAGCAGACGGGCAGGGCUGCGUGGUGUAGAGCCAGCAGACAUUGAUGGUGGGCAAGCGGGCUAGGCUGUGUGGUGUAAGGCCACAAAAAGUGAGCAUGGGCGGGCGGGUGCGUUUGGCUGCGUGAUGUAGAGCCCGUGGAAACCAAGCGCGAGCAGGCUUUCCUGCGUGGCAUAGAGUCUGUGGAGACGUAGCUUGGGCAGGCUUGGCCGUGUGGCGUAGAACCUACAGAAACCGAGUGUGGACUGGUUUGGCUGUGUGGCGUGAAACAGUAGAGAUUGAGGAUGGGCAAGCUGGUUUGGCCGUGUGGUGCAAGCCUGCAAAAACGGAGCGCAGGUGGGUGGGUAGGUGUUCUUGGCCGCAUGGUGUAGAGCCUGUGGAGACCGAGCA